AUGUCCAGCCUGGUUCAAACCACCUCGGACAGUUUGUGUAAACUCGUCCGCUGGGCUCACAGCCACGGCACCAUCUGUAACCUCCUCCCCAGCUUGCAGCACAUCACCCGUGGCUCCUACAGCAAUGUGCUGACAGCUGAAUCUGGUCCGCACGGUGGCAGCGUCCCCAUUGCUGUGUGGGGCUGUGGGGCUGGACACGCCUACCACUGGCCCCUUGGUGAAAAUGCAAACACUUGUGGCGGCUCAGCCAGUACCAGACAGGGCCAGGAGAGGUUUGCUGGAGGUCGUCCAACCACUAAGAUUGCAGUGAGAACAUCAUGUGACCUCUCCUAUAGUGAAGCGGCAUCAGAGGGCGAGGAGUUCAGCGGUCGGCUUUUUGACAUUGCUGCAUGUGAUUCAUCAGCCACAGAUGAGGAUGGCGACUAUGAGCCCCGGCCAUCUAGGAAAAGAGGCGGGGCCCAGGGAGGAGCCAUCGUUGCAAAGAAGGUCAAACAGGAAUCCGCCCCAGCAAAAGACGAUGACACUGGGCUCGCAGAGACAGACCUAGUCUGUGUUUUACAAACUCAUCAGGCACCAAACACAUACUCUCAAAUCACACAAACACUGUGGCCAAAAAAGGCUCUUUCAUCUUGCUGUCAGCCCCAGCAUGGACAACAUGUGGGGUGUGAGGGAUCGAUGGAUCCAGAGACGGAGGUACUAGGAGGAGGCAGCUGCACAGCAGGGACCACAGAGCAGGCUGAGCGAUGCAGCUCUGCCACAGAGACCACUACGAAGAACACAGCUGAAGAAGACGAGAGUGAGCUGGAGAAGCUGCGAGCAUUACUCUUAGCAGAACGCAGCCGAAACCAACAAAUGACAGACAUGAUCUCCAAUUUGAAGCAGGACAAAGAACUGCUGCAACAUGAACUCACGAAGAAAGCUGAACUCAUAUGUGAGUUUCUGCAGGAUAAACUGCGCCCCGAGAAGAGGUGGCCUCGUUGUUCCACUCAGGUGGAACCUGGAAGCUCACACAUGGCGUCCUCUGAUGAUGCAGCUGGGUUUGAUUUGCCAACGCUGUUUGACUCAUUUGAGGAAGUGGAGCUUCAUCCUCUAGAGCGCCAUCGGACCCCGAAGAGCAAGAGGAGCCGGGAUGGAGAAAACACUCGAGUCAGGAUGAAAAACGUGGUGGGUGUGAUAGCACGCUACAUGGCUGCCCUCCAGGAGUUUCGCCGCAGCGUCUCCAUGAAGGUGGCGUUUGACCGCAUCGGUGUGGACCGCAACACAAUCUCUCGCACGGCGGCCAUAGCGGAGCUCAGCCUGGCUGCUCCAGAGGUUUUUCACGCACUGGUGCCAUGGGAUGAGAAGGAGGAGACGCUGGCACACUACGCCCACCGCUGCCGGCAGGCGAUGGACGACACCAUUAAGGCAAAGAUCAAAACAAUGAAGGCAAAAGGAGAACUGUUGCCCAUUGUGUCAAAGUGACAGCUUCAUGUAUGGUGCUCGCUCUGCCUGAGGCACAGGCCUACAAAACCUCUGCAUACUUUAUGUAUAGACUUUAACAUAAUUGACUUCAAAUCAUAUGUCGACUGUAUUCCAACCAUCAUGGGUGCUUCCUGUCUAGUGGAUUUUUUUCU